AUGGAUAGUAACAUCCACCUGAGUAGUUUGAUAAGCCGGCAUGAUGAUGAAGCCACGAGAACAUCUACCUCAGAAGGGCUGGAGGAGGGAGAGGUGGAGGGGGAGACUCUCCUGAUCGUUGAAUCGGAGGACCAGGCAUCAGUGGACUUAUCUCAUGAUCAGAGUGGGGAUUCCCUCAACAGUGACGAAGGAGAUGUGUCCUGGAUGGAAGAGCAGCUGUCCUACUUCUGUGACAAGUGCCAAAAAUGGAUACCGGCCAGUCAGCUGAGGGAACAGCUCAGUUACCUUAAGGGUGAUAAUUUUUUUAGAUUCACUUGUUCCGAUUGCUCAGAAGAUGGCAAGGAGCAGUAUGAAAGGCUGAAACUGACAUGGCAGCAAGUCGUCAUGCUGGCAAUGUAUAACUUGUCUCUGGAAGGAAGUGGACGGCAAGGUUAUUUCCGAUGGAAAGAAGAUAUCUGUGCUUUUAUUGAGAAACAUUGGACCUUUUUACUGGGGAAUAGGAAGAAGACUUCGACCUGGUGGAGCACAGUAGCGGGUUGCCUCAGUGUGGGAAGCCCCAUGUUCUUCCGUUCAGGGGCUCAAGAGUUCGGAGAACCAGGAUGGUGGAAGCUCGUUCACAACAAGCCACCAACAAUGAAGCCUGAAGGAGAGAAGCUGUCUGCCUCUACCCUGAAAGUAAAAGCCUCCAAACCAGCUUUAGAUCCCGUCAUUACUGUGGAGGGCCUUCGAAAACGGGCAAGUCGUAAUCCCGUGGAAUCUGCCAUGGAAUUAAAAGAGAAAAGGUCUCGUACUCAGGAAGCAAAGGACAUUAGGAGAGCCCAGAAGGAAGCAGCUGGCUUUCUGGACAGGAGUACUUCUUCGACCCCUGUGAAGUUUAUAAGCCGCGGCCGCAGGCCAGACGUGGUUCUAGAAAAAGGGGAAGUGAUUGACUUCUCGUCCUUGAGCUCCUCUGACCGCACCCCUCUGACAAGCCCGUCUCCUUCUCCGUCUCUGGAUUUCUCUGCCCCUGGGACCCCCGCCUCUCACUCGGCCACACCCAGCUUGCUUUCAGAGGCGGAUCUGAUUCCAGAUGUGAUGCCACCACAAGCCUUGUUUCACGACGAUGACGAGAUGGAAGGCGAUGGGGUCAUAGACCCAGGAAUGGAGUAUGUACCUCCGCCUGCUGGGGCAGCAGCUUCUGGGGCAGUGGUCGGGGGCAGAAAGAAGGUCAGAGCGCCUGAACAGAUAAAGCAGGAGGUGGAGAGCGAGGAGGAAAAGCCUGACAGGAUGGACAUUGACAGCGAAGACACAGAUUCCAACACAUCUUUGCAAACGAGGACUCGAGAGAAGAGGAAGCCCCAGCUGGAGAAGGACAGGAAACCUAAAGGGCCCAAGUACACCCCCGUGAGCAUCUACGAGGAGAAGCUGCUCCUGAAGAGGCUGGAAGCUUGUCCCAGUGCCGUUGCCAUGACGCCAGAAGCUCGCAGACUGAAGCGGAAAUUGAUUGUCAGACAAGCGAAAAGGGAUAGGGGAUUACCACUUUUUGACUUGGAUCAAGUUGUUAAUGCUGCUCUUCUGUUAGUUGAUGGAAUUUAUGGAGCCAAAGAAGGGGGAGUUUCCAGGCUUCCAGCUGGACAAGCCACAUACAGAACAACCUGUCAGGACUUCAGAAUCCUUGACCGAUACCAGACUGCCUUGCCAUCCAGGAAAGGGUUUCGGCACCAGACCACUAAGUUUCUGUAUCGUUUGGUGGGAUCAGAAAAUAUGGCUGUGGACCAGAGUAUCGUCAGCCCUUACACCUCUCGGAUCUUGAAACCUUACAUCAGGCGUGAUUAUGAAACUAAGCCACCCAAACUGCAGCUCCUGUCACAGAUUCGCUCCCACCUGCAUAGGAGUGACCCUCAUUGGACCCCGGAAGCUGACGCACCUCUUGAUUACUGCUACGUCCGGCCAAAUCACAUCCCAACAAUAAACUCUAUGUGUCAGGAGUUUUUCUGGCCUGGCAUUGACCUGUCUGAGUGCCUGCAGUAUCCAGACUUCAGUGUGGUUGUCCUUUAUAAAAAAGUUAUCAUUGCCUUUGGCUUCAUGGUUCCUGACGUGAAGUACAACGAAGCUUACAUUUCAUUUCUGUUUGUCCAUCCUGAGUGGAGAAGAGCAGGGAUCGCAACUUUCAUGAUUUAUCAUCUGAUUCAGACCUGCAUGGGCAAGGAUGUGACCCUUCACGUCUCGGCAAGCAACCCUGCUAUGCUGCUCUACCAGAAGUUUGGAUUCAAGACUGAAGAGUACGUCUUAGAUUUCUAUGAUAAAUAUUACCCGUUGAAGAGUACGGAGUGUAAACACGCAUUCUUCCUGAGGCUCCGGCGCUGAAGUGAGCACAGCGCUUCACAGAGAGACGCGUGUGCUGUCAGAGGUGGGUCCUCACGUAGCCCCGAAGGCAGGUGUUCACGUCCCUGUGGGCCCUCAUCUCUGCAAUCAGACGUCCCUUCAGACCUCUCGCUGGAGGCUACACAGGCGGUGGGCAGAGGAAUUGAAUAGUGCACAGCCCGUCAGCAGAACCACUGUCCUGUCCUGUCCUGUCCUGCACAGGCCUGGGCCCACAUCUUGGGACUCCACAGUUAACUGGAACCGAGCGGUGCUGCUGUCCUUCCGCCAAACAGCUUCAGCAAUAAAGGAUUCUCGGGGAGAGAGAAUCUGUUCUAAUUUAAAGGAUGAGGAAGGGUGGCAGCCGUUAACGAGGGGUGCUGUGUCAUCGGGACAACGGGAGAUUACGAGGUGAUCACACAAAGGGCCGGCACUUGCCCAGCCGUCGAUGAGCCAUCAUUGAAUCCGGAGGACCUUCAGGGCACUGAGGUUCUGCUGUCUCCCUGACUUUGUCCACAGUCAAAAUAAACAUGGUGUUUGUGUCCACA